AUGGGGGUAUUGACCAAUGAGAACAAUGACACGAAAAAUCCAGCUCGGUCAGCUCGGGAACCGGUGACAUCAGAGAUACGCGACGGUGAGUGUUGCGGGGACUGUAGAGUUCUGGGGGGAAGUUGA